AUGAAUUCUCCGGGCGGCAGAGGGAAGAAGAAGGGCUCAGCCGGCUCCAGCUCCCCGCCCCAGGCCCCCGGAGCCUCCCCCUCCUCCUCGGCCGGGCCGGCUCCCCCCCUGCAGCAGCAGCAGCAGCAGCAGCAGGCGGCGGCGGGGGCGGCCGCGGCGUCUCCCCAUAAGCGGAACCUCUAUUACUUCUCCUACCCGCUCUUCGCCGCCUUCGCGCUGCUCCGCUUCGUCGCCUUCCAGCUCGGGCUGCUCUUCGCCUGGCUCUGCGAGCGCCUCUCCCGGGGCGCCCUCAUGGCCGCCAAGGGCAGAGCCGGGGCCGGCGACGCGCCCGAGCCCGGCGGGGCGCCCGAGACGGUGCGAGCCUGCCACAAGCGAGCCUUCGAGUGCAUCUCCGUGGCGCUGCGCAUCGAUGAGGAGGAGAGAGCAGGACAAAAGGAACAAGCUGUUGAAUGGUAUAAGAAAGGAAUUGAAGAACUGGAGAAAGGAAUAGCUGUCUUAGUUAUUGGUCAAGGUGAUCAGUGUGAACGAGCUCGACGUCUGCAGUCUAAAAUGACGACGAAUUUGGCUAUGGCAAAGGAUCGUUUGCAGCUUCUAGAAUGUGGAGCUGUUCCAAAAAAGAAGGAUCCAUUAACGCACACGAGUAACUCCCUUCCUCGUUCAAAGACUGUUGCAGUUGCAAAAACUGGAUCCACAGGCCUUUCUGGUCAUCAUAGAACCCCUAGCUAUAGUGGGGUAUCAACUUUCUCUGUAUCUAGACAGGGAGCCAAUCCUGCAACUUCAACACACAAGACUACUUCAAAAAAUAGCCGAACAAACAAGCCUUCUACUCCUACAACUGCUGCUCGAAAAAAGAAAGACAUGAAGAUAUUUAGAAAUGUUGAUAGUAAUCUUGCUAAUCUAAUUCUGAAUGAAAUUGUUGACAAUGGACCAGCUGUCAAAUUUGACGAUAUCGCUGGGCAAGAGCUGGCUAAACAAGCACUGCAAGAAAUUGUUAUCCUUCCCUCCCUUAGACCUGAGUUAUUUACAGGACUUAGAGCUCCUCCACGUGGAUUAUUGCUGUUUGGCCCACCAGGAAAUGGGAAGACUAUGUUGGCCAAAGCAGUUGCUGCAGAAUCGAAUGCAACCUUCUUUAACAUAAGUGCUGCAAGCCUAACUUCAAAAUACGUAGGUGAGGGAGAGAAACUGGUGCGUGCUCUUUUUGCAGUAGCCAGAGAACUUCAGCCGUCUAUAAUUUUUAUAGAUGAAGUUGAUAGCCUUUUAUGCGAAAGAAGAGAAGGUGAACAUGAUGCUAGUAGGCGUCUAAAAACAGAAUUUUUAAUAGAAUUUGAUGGUGUACAGUCUUCUGGAGAGGACAGAAUACUUGUAAUGGGGGCAACUAACAGGCCACAGGAGCUGGAUGAUGCUGUUCUCAGACGAUUCACCAAACGGGUGUAUGUAUCUUUACCAAAUGAAGAGACAAGAUUGAUUUUACUAAAAAAUCUUUUAAGCAAGCAAGGAAGUCCAUUGACCCAAAAAGAGCUGGCACAACUAGCCAGAAUGACAGAUGGAUACUCAGGAAGUGACUUAACUGCAUUAGCAAAGGAUGCAGCACUGGGCCCUAUUCGAGAACUAAAACCAGAACAGGUAAAGAAUAUGUCUGCCAGUGAGAUGAGGAAUAUCAGAUUGUCUGAUUUCACCGAAUCUUUGAAGAAGAUAAAGCGCAGUUUGAGCCCUCAAACCCUGGAUGCAUAUAUUCGCUGGAACAAGGACUUUGGUGAUACUACAGUUUGAAGAACUGCUGUAUAAAAGUGAGGAGAAAGUGCUGUCUGCAAUGAGCAAUUGAUACAGACUGUGGGAAUGCAGCCAGAGUUUACAGGACUUCACAGAUCUUUAAAUAUCUGCACUGGCAACUUGAGAUUUGAUUGAUUGAAAAAGAAAAAUUAUACAAUGUGAAAAGUGUUGAUUAAGGCCUCUGUGCCUUUUUAGUCAGGAUUUACUCACAGGGCAUGUAAGUUAAAGCACAAUAAGACCUGGGGUAAGACUUCUAGCAAUCUAAUCAUUAAUUUGUGUAUUUUGUUGGCGAUAUAAGGUCCAAUUGUAUUGACUGUUGAAAGAUUUAUACUCUUAGGUUUUUUUAAAAUUUUUCUCAUGACAUUUACUUUUCCUGCUCUCUACCUGGUAACUACUAACUUAUAACUGGAACUUUGUAAAUUUUUGUUUCAAUUUUUAAUAUUUUUAUCCAUACUGUGCCAAAUAAGCCAUUUCCCUCUGCAACAGGAAGAACAGCAUUGGGAAUUAGCAUUAUUUAAAAAAAAAGUAUCCAAAUAGAAAGCAGCUGGUCUGCUACUACCUUGUCUUUUGUCUGGUUAUAGUGUGGCCAUACAGUUCACAGAACAGUUUAAAAAAAAAAAAAAAAGACCUUUGGUAGCAGAACAGCAAAAAUCCUAUCGAACCAGUUGAAAUUAAUAAAAAAUUAUUACAUUAUAAAAUUGCUAUACUAAGCCAUUUUUGCCAGUGGUAUUUUUCUUUAAUUCAUUUGUAAAGCUUCCACUGUAGAAUGUUGGUUUAUUCUUAUGGUGUGUUAACUUCUACUUGAAGCCCAACUGAUUUUGGAGAGAAUAAAUGAUGCUGUCAAAUUGUGAAGUUUUAGAACUAGUGUUUCUACUCUGUAUUAGUUUGUCUGUGUACAAUAACUAAGUUUGUUUCCAUUCUGGUCCUUGCUUUUUUUAAUUUACAGAGGAGAGCAUUAAAAUAAGUGGCUAGAUAUUUAAUACAUAGCACACACUAACAUUUUUAUACCUUUAAUGUGCUUUGGUUUGUAUACUAAGAUCUAAAAUAAAUUCCACUGAUCUGCUUUUUUAAAAAGUAAAAUAACUACAUUCUUUAAAACAAACCUGAAUUUUUAUUAAAUAAAUGACAUACUGUAGUAAACAGAAACACUUAAAUCAUGGUCUUUAAAUACCGUAAUAAAGGGAAAUGCAUAUUUGGCCUGUACUGCAUAUGGGCAACAUUUUGUUUACAAACUUCAUGGUCAACAUUUUGUUUACAAACUCUACUGUGGAGCUAAACUAUGAUUAAAACAUGAGAAAAUGUUUGUAGAAAGGCAUGGUGUAACAGCUUUGAAAAACAUUUUUCUUCAGUAAUUAAAAAAACAAACAAAACCUCCCCACACUUGUGAAGAUUUUACUACAAAAAUA